GAAACAAGUUGCGUUUCCGGUUUGAAUAUACACACUUCAUUGGAACGUCACACACAUCAUCAUCAAGUCGCGUUUAUCAAAGGCAUCACGCGCUCUCUCGCAACCUCAACCACAAAUACGAAUCAAUCGACAAACUCGACGACAUCAGCAGCAGCAACAGCAGCAUCAGCUUACUUUUGUGUGUACAAGCAAGCGACAAAAUUAUUUCGUUAAAUAGCUGCGUUGACAUUUCGAGUGUGAUCGAAAUCGAGACGACGACUACGGCGACGACGACGACCACAUCGACCAUCGGUGUUAGCAUCAAAAUGCCCAGUAAACAGGCGAACGACGUGCUAGCCAUGGAAGAAUUAGUACAUGAAAUCAAAGAAAAUUUACGUUUAAAAGCAAAUCCAUCGCGAACGAAUCGAAGUUCACGACCAUCGCCAUAUCACAUACCGUGCCGUUCAUGGAGCGGUGAACCAACCACAGCCACCACCUGCGAUCAUACCACCACAAAAACCGGCAAACAAAAUAGUAAUAGCACCGUACACAAUAGUAAAAAGAAUAACGAUGUAGACGAUCCGUAUGAGCUGCUGCAGGCCCUAUUAAAAAGUAAUAAUCUAGUGAAAGAGGCGGUACGGCGAUUGCAGAUCAACAAUAUCUCGCCGAAACAACGAUACUUCUACGAAAGUGAUGAGGAUAGUCGAUCGCCCAUGAUUCGAAUGUGUCAAUUGGAAUUGUAAAAUGGACCCAUUGCGCGAACAUUCAAUACAAGCGCACCACACUAUUCUCUCUAUAUUCAUUUCUAAAACAAAUAGAAAACAAAAGAAGAAAGAAAAAACAACUAGAAAACACGCCGAAAAUCAAUUGCAACAUUU